AUGAAUCAAAAAUAAUUUCCAUUGAAAUUUAAAAAUGCAUAAUUACACCUACGUGAUAUUGAUUCUUUAAAUUAAAAAUAAUGGUUAACGGCUGAAGCAAUAUAUUUUGGAAUUCAAUACUUUAUUAAAGAAAUUCCAAAUGAAAUUCAAGUCUUAGAUCCUUCUUUAGCUACUUUUAUUGUAUUUGAAAAUGAUUUUGAAGAUUUGUUAUCCAUUUAAUAAGAAUUAAUUGGAAAGGAAUACAUUAUUACAGCAAUAAAUGAUUGUUAGAAUCCUAGUGGUUCACAUUGGGGAGUCAUGCUAUUUUAUUAAUUUUAAUUUUAUCUGUUUGAUUCAGGAUCAAAUUCAAAUUUAUAAGUAAUACAAUAAUUUUGAUAUUUAGAGUAGUGCUGAAUUAAUAGCCUAGAAAAUGAUUGCAAUUAUAAAAAAUGAUGAAACCUUAAUAAAUAAAGAAAUUUAAGUGAUUAAAUAUGAUGGAGUACCUAAACAAACUAAUUCUUAUGAUUGUGGAGUUUAUUCUAUUGCAAUAAUAUGUAAAUUAAUAGAAUCUAUAACUAUGAAACAGUAAUGGAAUUUUAAGAGUCUUACUCCUGAUUAUGUUACAAAUAUAAGAUUAGAAUUGAAAAAUUCUAUUUAAUAAAUGUUAUAAUGA